CGGAGGAAUGAUUAGCAUUUUCCAAACGCAUGGUGUUCUCAGUCCGGCCUUUUGGCUAAAAAGCACAAUAUUUUAAUUCAUUUCUGCCUUUUUUGUACACAUAUUUGUGUACCACCACAACAGAAGCUUGAUGCUCAGGCCACACAUCAUGAUGGUCAUCUUUGGACCCGGUGCUGCUUACGCCGCUUGCACCGCCGGCUGAGCCUGACCUGGAGUCAAAAAUGAACUGGGGGACCUUUUAUGCCGUGAUCAGCGGCGUAAACAGGCACUCUACUGGCAUCGGACGCAUUUGGCUGUCGGUCAUCUUCAUUUUUCGCAUCCUGGUGCUGGUAGUUGCUGCCGAGAGUGUUUGGGGAGAUGAGAAGUCGGGCUUCACCUGCAACACCCAGCAGCCCGGUUGCAACAGUGUCUGCUACGACCAGUUCUUCCCCAUCUCGCACAUCCGCCUGUGGGCGCUCCAACUCAUUUUGGUCUCCACCCCCGCCCUGCUAGUGGCUAUGCAUGUGGCCCACCGGCGCCACAUUGACAAGAAGAUCCUCAAGAGGUCAGGCCGCGGCAGCCCCAAGGAGCUAGAACACAUCAAGAACCAGAAGUUUCAGAUCACUGGAGCCCUGUGGUGGACAUACAUGAUCAGCAUCAUCUUCAGAAUCAUCUUCGAGGUGGCUUUCCUCUACAUCUUCUACUUGAUCUAUCCUGACUUUAAGAUGGUGCGGUUGGUGAAAUGUGACUCGUACCCUUGCCCCAACACAGUGGACUGUUUUGUCUCCAGACCCACAGAAAAGACCAUAUUCACUGUGUUCAUGCUGGCAGUGUCUGGGGUGUGUGUGCUGCUCAAUCUGGCUGAGGUGGUAUACCUGAUAGGCCGGGCCUGCAAGCGGUGCUGUCGUGGAUCUGAUGAUGAGUCCAAAGUAGCAUGGAUAAGUCAAAGGUUAUCUUCUUAUAAGCAAAAUGAAAUCAAUCAGCUGAUAGCAGAUCACUCUCUCAAGUCUAAAUUCGCUGUGACGAAAAAGAGCCCGACUGAGAAGGAUGAGAGGUGUUCUGCCUUCUAAGACUCUUAUAUUCCCUUCACACUAAUCAGCAGUAGUCACAUAUGUCCUCAGAGCGCGGUGCUCAGCAUUAUGUCACUUAUACUGUAUAUCUGAUCAGUAUUACAAACGCAUGCCAUUUUGUUUUUCACUUACUGUUCUUUUUCUUUUCAUGACUGACACAAGCUUUAGUUGCUGUUGGCAGUUCUUCUGAAGUACUUGGAACCAGAUGUAAAGGUUAAAGGACCAUAGCAGUGUUUUUUAUGUUUUAUAGUCAAUUUACUACAAAUCCGACAUAGCUGGCAUUGCUGUCAACAUUAGCGACUUUCUGCAUCAUUACCCCUCACGUUAGCAAAGCAGGGUAUUAUAUUCACUCAUCAAUCUAGAAGACAUUUUGGCAUGCCAUUUGGUACAUUAAGAAAUAAUGGAAAAGCAUUUUGUGUGUGAAAAAAGAUAUGAUGACCGAAAAAUUAUUUUGUCUGAAAAACAAUUUGACCCAUUUUUCAGAUGCUUUUUCGCAUCCCAUCUUAGAUUCAUUUAAUUUGUAUUUUGGUUAAUGUGGUGUAAUAUACUAUAACGUUGGAAUAUAUUGGCGAAUUGGUGUUUGUUAUUGUCAUACAGUUCUAUACAUGAGUUUUGAUGUGAAAAAAAAUCAAACAUCCUAGAUAAAUAUGAAGUUAAUCAGAUGCUUAAAAAGGGUUAAAUAUCUGUAUCAUAUAGGUUGCUUUUGGCAGCUGAAUGUAGUUACCAUCUGAAAGAUUUCCCCAUUAUUUCAGCUGCUUUACAACACAACUAAAUUUGAGCUUUUACUACAGUGAUGACGAAAUACUUAUUACAAAUACACUAAGUCUGGAAAGGCAUGAAAGCAGUUGGAGAAUAAUAACUAUUAAUGUAAAACAAAUAGCAUUUCCAGUAAAUUGGCCAUAAUGUUCUGAAACACUGGUUUGGUCCUUUUAGACAUUUAAAUGCUGGAUAGGAGAGUGAACUUUUUUCAUCUACAUUAAAAUAUUGCUAAGGUAUAUUUAGAAAUAUCCAUCUUUCCAGCUGAGUCAAAACCAGUGCAAAUGUUGAUGUGGGUAAAAGGAUUUUUAAUAACAAUCCUUUUAAACCACGAAUGGAAUGGUUAGAUUUUAUUGCACAGAUGUCAUGAGUUAUUGACCAUGCAAACCUUUGUGCAGCAACUAUAAGAUCAUUGUAUUAGCAAACUGCAAUGGGAAUAUUGUUACACAUGGUGCUAUAAAACCAAAGACAACUUAACCCUCAAAGACCUAAACAGCUGCUGGUGACCAAAAACAUCUACUGAUUUAAAUGUUUAUUAACUUUUCACCACUGAUCCUAUCAAUGCAUUA